GGAAGAAGUGGAUCUGCGGAGACUUCAUUUCCUCCUCUGACCCCUCGUUUACAUCACUAACUGGUGACAGUCACAUCUACAUACAUAGUACCUGCCACUUCAGCUGCUCAGAAUUAUAGAAGCCUCUUUGUAUGCAGCAGACAUGGCUAGCCAGCAGGAUUCAGGCUUCUUUGAAAUCAGUAUCAAAUAUUUACUGAAAUCCUGGAGCAAUAGUGAGUAGCAGAAGAGUAAUCUUUUCA